GUUAAUGAUAUCCUGCUCCAUCCCGUCCCUACCAACUGCCAGGCACGCACUGCCCGCUCCAGACUCGGAUGCGAUGAUCACUGCAUUCCUCAUCCAUAACGCAACGAUACAUUCAAUUGGAAAUAUAGGGGAACUUGAAGACUUCCUCCGGAGAACAAAAGGCCUCGGGUUCAUGGAACCUCUUGUCGCCGAUAUGGGGGCCGUUCCACGCGCCCCAAGAUUGAUGAAGUGGUCAAACGCUUUGAGGAAACACGCUGUUCGCUCUAUUGACUCGUCCUUUUCGUAUUGGCUUGGUGUUUUGCAAUGCUGCUGUUAUCGCUUCUAUACUCCAGCGCUUCGCUCAUGUCCUGACCUGUUGCUUUUCUCGACUACCCUUGUUUGCUCACUGUUUUUGGAAAGCACGGUAUCCUGUGUCCAGACCGUUUUCACACUCAAUGUUCUUUGUUCCCCAGGCUUAGGGAAUACAAUGUGCCAACAGUCUAAUAACAUCUCCAAAUCAGGCUAGCCUAACUCCGCGCAGUACAAGCCAGUGUCAUUCCAAG